GUUCAGAGGCUAAAAGAGUUGGGGAUUAGUUAUGAUGAGUUUACUCUUCAUAAGGAUGUAAUUUUGAAUGAUAGUGCAAAUUUUAUAGCCGUGCUUGAUGACGAUUCAUCUUCUGAUAUCAUUAAGUUAAUCAUGCGUAAUGAUGCACUUGGCCGUGCUACAAUGGAGGUAAGGGAAGCACAUAAAGUUUUAGCAGCUGUUGCUACAACAAUUACGCUUGACGAGGUAAAUUCUAUUGGUGCUGAAUUAUUAGAAUUGGUUUCGGAUUUUGGAAAGCCGAGUGCACCCGUUCCCACAAUAAUUAUGGCAUGUGCUCCAACUACUCAUGAGGUGAAGGGAGAGCUUGUCGGGUUCACCGUAAAUCCUAGUGAAAUUGAAUUUGCUAUGAAACAAGGAUUGGACGACAUCAUUUAU